AUGCCCGGCUCCAUGUACCAGCCCGAGCCCGGGCAGCCGGCCCGCGGCCCGCCGCGCUGCCUCACCCUGCUCAGCCCGCCGCCGCCCGCCGGGCAGGAGCCGCCGCCGGAGCCCGAGCCCGGCCGGGAGCGGGAGGGGCCGCCGGGGCCGCCGGCGCAGGGCGAAGCCGCCGCGCUGAGGUUUGCCCUGGACCAGCUCUCGCUGCUGGGGCUGGAGGGCGCGGAGGAGCCGGCGGGGGGCGCGGGGCCGGGCGGCCUAAGGGAGCGGGAGCGCGGCGGCGGCUCCCCGGUGCCGGCCCCCGCCCCGGCCGCGGGCGCCUUCGGCAGCCUGGCCCCGCCGCUGGGGCCGCCCGCGCUGCUGCCCGAGCCGCCGGCGAGCAGGAAGAAGAGCGUGAACAUGACCGAGUGCGUGCCCGUGCCCAGCUCCGAGCACGUCGCCGAGAUCGUGGGCCGGCAAGGCUGCAAAAUCAAAGCCCUGCGUGCCAAAACCAACACGUACAUCAAGACACCGGUCAGGGGCGAGGAGCCCGUGUUCAUCGUCACGGGCAGGAAGGAGGACGUGGAGAUGGCCAAGCGGGAGAUCCUCUCGGCCGCCGAGCACUUCUCCAUGAUUCGGGCCACGCGCAACAAAGUCAACGGGCUGACGGGGGCCUUGCAGGGGCCCCCCAACCUGCCGGGCCAGACCACCAUCCAGGUGAGGGUCCCCUACCGCGUGGUGGGGCUGGUGGUGGGACCCAAGGGAGCCACCAUCAAGCGCAUCCAGCAGCAGACGCUUUUUUUU